AUGGGGAAGGAACAUCACGAAAUUCUCAUAGUCGACGACUACAGUCAAAGGUACAACCACCUGAGAACGAAGAACCUCCACACCCAAUUAAAAUUAUGGGACUCAUACACGAACAUCAUGGUCGGUUGGAGUAACUUGAAUAAGAGAUCAAGUGAUAAACGGAAGCCAAAAGAGAUAUGCGAAGAGAGGUACAACGUAGAAGGUAAAUUGCAUGAUGGGACAAGGAUUGCAAUUAAAAGGAUGCAAUCAGGAAUAGUGGCAGAGAAGGGAGUAGAUGAGUUCAUGGCUGAAACGGCAGUGGUCACAAUUCGACACAGGAAUUUGGUUAAUCUCAUGGGGUAUUGCUUGGAUGAAAAUGAGAGACUUCUUGUUUAUGAAUACAUGCCUCAAGGUACUCUUAGUAGACAUCUAUUCCAUUGGGAAAAUGAAGGGUUAAAACCACUUGAAUGGAAGACAAGACUCAUUAUUGCUUUGGAUGUUGCUAGAGGUGUUAAAUAUCUUCAUGGUUUAGCCCAACAAACUUUUAUCCAUAUAAAUCUCAAACCAUCUAAUAUUUUGCUCGGCGAUGAUAUGCGAGCUAAAGUUGCUGACUUUGGAUUAGUUCGCCUUGCUCCGCAAGGAAAAGCCUCGUUUCACACCAAAUUUGCCAGAACUUUUGGAUAUCUAGCACCAGAGUAUGCAGUUGACCAUCUAUGA